AGGUAUUACGAUCCGCCCUUCCGCUAUCUUCCGCCAACGGCAUCGCGCCGUACCUUUUCAGCGAUUGCGUGAGGCUUACGUAGCGGCGUAUGGUAGAGCAGCGUUAGCGCAGGUAUAUUGUGAGCUAUAGAUUGUCAGUUGGUGAUUAUGAGUUUUGGUGAGAUGUUAUGUUUUCGGUUUUAUGAUAAAAAGUCCCUUUUUAUCCUUGUCUCGCUCCCGUUUCCGGUAGAUCGGCACUAGAGAGUCUCCCACGCAGAGAGGAGGACUCUCAGAUGGUAGCAGUCUAAGAUCCGUGGUUACCUGUUUUCUGAGUUACUUUUCAGAUCUAUCGGACAGCACCGUUUUCCCGUUUGCCAUCAGGAGGACGCGGAAACUCGGCGCACACCCUACACCCCGUAUCCCGUAGAGCCAGCAUUGGACUACAGGGAUAGCAGCGUAUCAGCGUGCCCAGCGACUUCGCGGUGGAGAUUUGGACUUGCUUCUGGAUCUCUUCGUCUGUGCACCUUCUCAAGCGUUUCCUGCGUAGAAGUUUCGGAUCCUAAGGAUCGUCAGGCUCAUUCUCGUUCGGAAAAGGAAUAUCGCGUAAGAACAUGGCGUUCUCCGGCUUAUACAAUCCCGACAGCUGUUUUCCUUGCAAGAUCAACUUAAACAACCGCGUAUGUGUCGGCUGCCUUAUGAAAGGACGAGCGGAAAUCGAAGAUCGCGUCUACGCGUUGUACUCGGAGGCAGUAUGCGGAAACUCAGAGGCUUUACUCGGCUUGAAGCAUAUGGGUCUGUGGAAUUAUGCGAUGAAUAACCAGCAAUACCACCGCGGGAUCGCUCAGGCUAUUCAGCAUUUCAAGGCGAAAAACGAACCCGGCUGGCAAAUGGUUGAAGCGAUCGCGAUUCCGUCUAUCCAGUCAACUCCAUCUACCGCGAAUAAAGCGCUUCUUCCUCAUCCGCCUAAUGAAUUACGCCGCGCACAGUUGAAGUACGCUGACGAAACCGAAGAGAACAUCAGCGACUGGAAAUCUGUCCCGCUUAAGCCGUCGUUCCAGAAAGCUUCUUCUGACGACUGGACGCGAAAUGCAGAUCGCCCAUUGGGAACAAACAUGGCUAACCACAGUCAAAGCGAUGACCAGCGUCAGCGAGGCGAUCAGCGCCAGUUCACCGAAUAUCGCCAGCCUACAGAUCAGCGUGCAGAUCGGCGUUCAGAACAGCGAACUACUCAGCAGAAUACGCGCACUGGACAGUCUUCCGCUACCAGAUGGGAGCCAUUCCCUCAGCGUAUGAACGCUAUGGACCAGGCUGAAAGGAUUUUUAAGCAUCUCGGCUUAUCCAAUGCAGCUAAGACGCAUGGAAGUCUAGCGAUCACCUGUGAAAUGUUCGUUAACCGCUUAUACGCGGAUGAAGUUAAUAUGGAGAAAGCGAUGCAGGAUGUGAAUUAUUACACGGAUAAGCCUAAACCUGAAGACACACAGCUGAUGUAUAACGCUUUUCGCGCGAAUGGUAUGGAAUCAGCUCUCAGCUUGGAUACAUUCUCCAACAAAAUUAACACCAUCGACUAUGAACGGCUGAGCCAGUUUAAGUAUUUCGGCAAAACUUCCCAUUUGGCGCACCUUUUCCAGUUUAUCUCCGCGAAAGCUAAUCCAGCUCUGAUGUUGUAUGCCGCGAAAUGUACCGUGCAUCUGAUGGACAUCUACCGCGAUUUGAAGGCUCGCCGAAAGGCUAAUUUUAAUGACCCAGCGAUUAAGGCUCAGUACGAUGAAUUGUUUCGCUUGAUGUUUGCCGCCAUGUGUGGACAUGCUUACAGCCAUUCCCAGUUGGAAAAGCGAAUGAAAAUGAAAGAAAAUGCUGACCAUCCGCUGAAGACAGUAAUUACCGCGCUUGGACCGCUCACCAAUGAGCAACUGCAGCUUGAAAUGUUGGAAAGUGCACGCGCACGCGGAAUGGCAAAUAAGGCUACAAAAGGCUUAGCGACCUUGGUUGAAAAGCCCCAGGACGCUUAUCAGUACUGGACUUCAAUCCUGCGACAGCGUAUGGAGACUAAGGCUUCCAAGAUCACUCUUGGCAAACGCUCCCUGACGUCUCCGGAAGGCUCAUCCGGAUCCCCACAUUUGCCACCAGGCGAACCGCUGGUUAAGCGUAUGUACGUGUCUACGGAUGAAGCAGCUAAUGAAGCGACACUGGUGGAUAAGCUGGGUAAUUUGAAUUUUACCGCUUCCCAUAUGCGUGAUAUCGAAAAUGGAGGCGAAACUGAUCAGAAAGCUGAAGGCGAAAAACUGGCUACAGAUAUCAAAACGGAAGGCGAUAAAACUCCGAACGCUUUAAACGCUGAUAUCACUGAUGAUGAGACGAGCGAGAAGGAUAAAUCGGAUUAAAGGCGAAAAUUCAUGGGAUUAAGGACGAAUUCAUGUGGAUCAUCCUUGGAAUGGAUUAACCUUCAUUUUCCUGUUUUGCUCACCCGGAAUGACCAAAGUAACAUGUGAUGUUUUUGUUUAACUAAC